AUGCAGCUUUAUUUCUGGCACUAUAAAAAAGUAAACAUUAAAAGCUCCGGUCACACCGCUCCACACGUGCAAUAUUUACGAAAGCGCAAUCUUAAGCUGCAAUAUUGCAAGGAGCUGGACACGGAUGUGGCCCAGGCGAGGCAACUUCUGCUACAGCCGGAGUUCAACGGUGAAGCCUCCGAUACUGUUUUCAUCGUAACAGACAGCCAACUCUACACAAGCGAUGCGGGGUCCAAGGUGAUCGCCGAUCUGCCGGAUAUCGUGGGAGCAGAGUUCCUCCAGCUAGACAACGUAAUAUGCCUGGCAAGCGGGGCAGGAGAGGUGUUGCUGGUUAACCCUGAGACGGGAGCGACAACUGAGGGCACCUACUGCGAUGUGGGUAUAGAGAGAAUGGCCUGGUCCCCUAACCAGGAGGUAGUGGCUUUCGUUACCAGAACGCAUAAUGUUGUGCUCAUGACAAGCACUUUCGAUGUGAUCGCCGAGCAGCCACUGGAUGCGGAGCUAUCGGAGGAUCAACAGUUUGUCAACGUCGGCUGGGGGAAAAAGGAGACCCAGUUUCAUGGUUCCGAAGGGAAACAGGCUGCCAAGAAGGGAAGUGGUGAUCAGGGAGCCAGUCAGGAUUGGGAACAGCUUAAUAAGGACAUUCACAUUUCAUGGCGCGGGGAUGGAGCUUUGUUUGUGGUUUCCUACGUGGCUGCCCAAGUUGGACGCACUUUCAAGGUUUAUGACAUAGACGGAAAGCUCCAGCACACGGCCGAAAAGAGCGCCAAUUUGCAGGAGGCCUUAGCCUGGAGGCCAGCUGGAAAUUGGAUCGCCUUGCCCCAGAGAUUCCCCAACAAAUCUACGAUAGCGCUUUUCGAGAAGAACGGGUUAAGGCAUCGGGAAAUAGUACUUCCCUUCGAUUUGCAGGAGGAGUCGGUGGUUCAACUACGCUGGAGUGAGGACUCUGACAUACUGGCCAUCAGAACAGCUACCAAAGACGGGGAAAGGGUAUAUCUGUACACCAUAGGAAACUACCACUGGUAUCUGAAGCAGGUACUGAUCUUUGGCCCCGAGGAUCCUCUGGCACUUUUGCAAUGGGACACAAGAAUGGGAGCGGAACACACGCUGCACAUUCUCCGGCAAAGCGGCAAGCACCUGGUCUACCGUUGGGCAUUUGCCAUUGACUGUUUAAAGAACAGUGGCAUCGUGGGUGUUAUCGACGGGAAGCGCCUUCUGAUCACUGAUUUCUCUAAGGUUGUCGUCCCCCCUCCCAUGAGCCAGCGGGUCUUGCAGUUGGAGGACUAUGUCAAAGCCAUCAGCUGGAACCAUGGUUGCUUAUGUGUGUAUACCAGCGAUCGGAAACUUAAUUUCUACGAUCCCAUGCAACAAUGGAGUGGAAAUGAACCUAAAGCCUUCCAGCUAGGACCAGAUCCGGAGCUGUCCAAGCUGCCUCUAGCCAAUCUAACUUACUUUAACUCCGAUUACCUCAUUGCCACGCACAGUUCCGGCGACUCCACCCGAUUGCUGCUGAUAAACAAGGAGCCUGAUGACGACGACGUUAACGAGGAAGGUCUGCCAUGCUACAAGCUGCAGAGCUCUCUGCGAAUCAAUGGCCUGGUCAAUUUGGUUGCCGUUGGGAAGUGCGACAAGUUCUACGUUCAGACGGUUAAGAACGGGCAUAGCUAUGAGGUCGACGUGACAACGUUCAACACUUUCAAAGUGGAGCGGACUCAUGUACAGCUGGCCCAGCCAGCGGACCAGAUGGAAUGGUUCAACCUCAAUAGCGAAUCUACUGGUGGUCUCAUCACUCUACGCUCGCAGCAACUACUCCACAUAGAUGGCCAGCGCAUCGCCGAGGAUGUAACAUCUUUCUGUGUUGUGGGUAACUACCUGGCCUACACCCAGUUGAAUGUCUUGCACUUCGUCCGCUUGCGGGACCGGCAUCAAGUGUCUAGCAGGAGCAUUGAGCGUGGCGGCAAACUGGUUACUGCAGUGGCCAGAGAGGCUCGGGUGGUGCUCCAGCUGCCGCGAGGAAACUUAGAGGCCAUCUGCCCCCGCGUCCUUGCUUUGGAACUGUUUAGUGAUCUGCUGAAGCGGAAGGAGUAUCAAGCUGCCAUGGAAAUGCUUCGCAAACAUCGAAUUAAUCUGAACAUUAUCUGCGACCAUAAUGUGAAGCAGUUCGUGGCCGAUGCUCAUGUUUUCCUGCAGCAGAUAAAGGACAGUCAGUGGCUGUGCCUGUUCCUUAGUGAGCUACAGAACGAGGACUACUCCAAGGGCAUGUACUCCAGCAACUAUGAAGCCGGAAAGCAGAGCUAUCCGGAGGAUUACCGCGUCGAAAACAAGAUCGAGUACAUCUGCAGACUGCUGGGAAAGAUCAUGGAGCAGGCCACAAACCCGGUGGAUGUAAAGCGGUUCCGACUAGCUCUGAUCACGGCCUAUGUCAAGCUGGGCCACAUGGAGCUAGCUCUGAAGCUCAUCUGGAAGGAAAAGCAGUCAGAUGCUGCAUCGGCGGAUCAGAUGCUAAAGUACCUCUUGUAUCUGGUGGAUGUCAACGAUCUGUACAACGUAGCCCUGGGCAUGUACGACUUUGGCAUCGUUUUAUUCGUCGCACAGAAGUCCCAGAAAGAUCCCAAAGAAUUCCUACCCUAUCUGAACGAACUGAAGGCCUUGCCCGUCGACUAUCGCAAGUUUCGAAUUGACGACCACCUCAAAAAGUACGCUUCAGCUUUAUCCCACCUGGCUGCAUGCGGAGAGGAGCAUUACGAAGAGGCGCUGGAGUUCAUCAAGAAGCAUGAGCUGUACACGGCGGGGCUGACGUGUUACCAGGGGCACGAGGACUUUCACAAGAGCAUAUGCGUAGCCUAUGCCGAUCAUUUAAGGGCCAAUGCCAGAUUGGAGAACGCUAGCCUCAUGUAUGAGCGUGGUGGCCAGUUGCAACAGGCGCUGCUCAGUGCCAAGCACACUCUAGAUUGGCAGCGUGUUCUGGUCCUGGCCAAGAAGCUGAAUGAGCCCCUCGAUCAAGUCGCCUUGUCGCUGGUGGGCCCACUUCAGCAGCAAGGCCGCCACUUGGAGGCAUAUGAGCUGGUGAAGGACCACGGCGGGGAUCGGGAGAAGCAACUCGAGGUGCUGCUCGAGGGACAUCUCUACGGCAGGGCCAUCUAUGAAGCAGGACUGCAUGAUGAAAGCCUUUUAGCCACGAAGAUAGCUCCAGCUUUGUUAAGCUUUGGGACUCAAUUGCAGACCUCUCUGCAGGCAGACUUGCAGCUCUUCUUAGACUACAAGCAGCGUCUCCUGGACAUUCGACAGAAACAAGCUGCCGGUGGUACGGAAAACGAUGCGGAUAUGGAUAUCGAGGAAGCGGAUUUGCUUUCGGACACCACCAGUCUCCAUUCCUCGCGUUUCAGUGGCACUUCGCGCGGCACAGGCAAGACAUUCCGCUCGAGCAAAAACCGACGCAAGCACGAACGCAAGCUCCUUAGCCUGAAGCCAGGCAACCCCUUCGAAGACAUCGCGCUCAUCGAUGCGCUGCACAACCACGUCACGAAGAUCGCCCAACAGCAACAGCCUGUGCGUGACACAUGCAAAGCGCUGCUCCAGAUCAGCGGAUGCACCAGCUCGUCCAGUUCUUCAAGCGUAGAUUGCUUUUCGUUGGCGGCCUCGCUGCAGCUUGAAUUCAAGGCCCUGCUGAAGGCUGUGGAGGCGGCGCUGGACGAGAUCUGGAUACCGGAGCUUGUGGGCAGCGGAGCUGCUGCACAGCAUCUUACGGGUCCCAAUGUGGACUACUUGGCGCUGCAAAAGGAACAGCGCUAUGCUUUGAUAAGUCCCCUCAAGCGCUUCAAGCCCCAACUGAAUCUGAUCGACUGGCAGCACGAGAUCCUCCAAUGAGUCACCCCCAUGAGUUGGUGGAUUUGCGUGCAAACUUCUCCGCACGUCGCCCUGCUUCUACGCCCACCCCUCUACCGCAUACUUUCACUGCUCUGAAAAUAAAUGUAGCAUUGAAUCGCUAAUU